CAAACAUGACAACCAUUGAACUGGACGGAGAUUCUCUUGAUACCAUAUCCCAAUCCGGCAUCUACAAUACGUCCAAGUGCGGAUAGUAUAUACCUCCACUUCAGGUGAUAAUGGACUGGACACCCUUUUUUCCUUCCCCAAAGGUCGUGCCUGCACUCCCCUUGCUCGUCCCCCCGUCUUGCAGUGAGUGCCAUGUCGUCUCCCAGCCUUACGGGAAGACCAGGUCUGCGUCGGCCGAGGGGGGCCUUGUCGCUCUGUGUACUAGUAGUGUGCACGGGUUUUUGUUCAAGGGUUUAUGGAAUGCGAAUGGAUGGAUGGGGAGGGGGGUGAACGUGUUGUUGCACAACUUCCCUGCUGCCCACACACACCACUUCAUCCUGCCGGGACCCCUUGCCGGCCUCCAGUUCGACCGGGGGGUGGAAAAGGGUCAGGAUCCUUGGACCGCUAGUGACUUCAUGUGCUGUGGUUCGUACCCCCAUUUUUUCCGGUCCAAGAAUACGCUCGCUGCCGGCAAAGAAAAAAGCUGCUUGGCUAGCUCGGCUGCUUGCUGCUGGCUUGGCUGCCCAAAAGCAGGCCAUCGCGGACGGGCAGGCAGGGCGGGCAGGGCACGGCUAACAGGCCAGGGCAGGGUAGAGUACCUUCUACGGCAGGCAGGCAGGACAGCGGGAUGGGAUGCGAUGCGGCCCUCGCUUUUUGGCUUCAUGGUUCUCCGCGUCUUAUCAUCAUCAUCCCCACUGAAAGCUGCAUGCGAGCGAGCCUCACUUUUUUGGAAUUGUUUGUCUUCCGACAGGCAGAGUCGAAAUGCCUCUUUUUACGCAAACCGGGACCCUUUUUCUGGCCCUUUCCGCGUGGCGGCCCAGAACGCACCUCCGAGUUGCACCACCCUGGACGCUGUUGAAAGCAGAGCGCCACCGUCCUAGCGGUCGCUCAUGUACCGGUACAUGGACGCGGACAAUUCUGGCCCUGGUUUGUCUCUCGCAUGGUACCGCUAAUCCACCAAUGCGACGAUACUUUUGAUCUGAUUAACAAAUUAAGUAAAAAUUCUUUCAAUGCAGACAUUGACAGUUGGCUGCUCUCUAUCUGCUUAUCAGCUAUCUUCUUUUUACUAUAUCCAUCUACCUUUCCUGGCUGUACAGCAGCAAAUAUUACUUUCUACUUGAGACUCCCUGUCACUCGUUCUGCGCUAACAGAUCAACAUGUACCUGUAUUGUACAUGUACAGCGCAAUAUCAAGAUUGCCGGUUUUAGCUGAGAAUCAA